AUAGCACAAACGAGCUCAGCUCAACAAAGUCAUUGCUCUCUGAACAGUGUGAGAGGAGACCAGGAGAGGGGAAAUGCAAUCUCAGAACUUGACUGCCAAAGCUUAGCACCACAGAGCAACAGUUGUGGGUGGGGGCAAAAAAACAGCAAAAGAGGCUUUCAGACAAAAGCCUGGGGGGAGAAACAUAACUGAGAGGCUGUACCUCCUGUUUCUUCUGCGUGGUAUUUCUCUUAACAGGAACUACGUUCCUCUUCUGCUCUCUUCCCUAUUUCCUGCAUUACUUCAGUCACUGAUAGAUCUAGAAAGAAAGCGAGGGGAAGCUUCUGUCUCUGUGUUCUUCUGGGCCUGAUUAAUACCUUCAGUCUUGGUCAUGCAAGCUAGAUUCCCGAAGCCUUCCAAGAGCACAGUGUCUUUGUAAAAGGAAGGCAACUUGGUCUUCUCUUCCACUUGGCAGAAACAAUGAGAGAGAGAGAGAGAGAGAGAGAGACUGAGAGAGACAUGGAGAAAGCGCACAGGCAGGUCAGGAUGAGAUCCCGAAAUCAAGGUGGAGAAAGCUCAUCUAAUGGGCAUUUCUCCAAGUCAAAGACCAUUAUAAGCAACACAGAAAACCAAAACCUUCCGGAAGAUGCAAAGAAAAAGAACAAAUCUAACCGGAAAGAAGAUGAAGGCUCAGGCUCAAGCAACGUCAAGCAACACAGCAGACUGCCAGGUCCUAGUGAGCGGAAAAGCAAGAAAUCAAUAGAUCUGUCUAAAGAGGACCUGAUUCGUCUCCUUAGUAUAAUGGAAGGAGAACUGCAGGCUCGAGAAGACGUGAUCCAUAUGCUGAAAACAGAGAAAAUAAAGCCUGAAAUUCUGGAGGCACACUAUGGCUCUUCAGCUCCAGAGAAUGUCCUCAGGAUAUUGCACAGGGAUGCUACCCUUGCCCAUGAGAAAUCAACAGGGGAAGAUGUAUAUGAGAAGCCAAUUUCAGAGCUGGACAGACUGGAAGAGAAGCAGAAGGACACAUACCGGCGCAUGCUCGAGCAGCUCCUCCUGGCAGAGAAAUGCCAUCGGCGCACAGUUUACGAGCUGGAAAAUGAGAAGCAUAAACAUACAGAUUACAUGAAUAAGAGCGAUGACUUUACCAAUCUCUUGGAGCAGGAGCGUGAAAGACUAAAGAAGCUUCUUGAACAGGAAAAGAUCUACCAAGCCCGAAAGGAAAAAGAGCAUGCAAAAAGGCUCAACAAGCUAAGAGAAGAAUUGGUCAAACUCAAGUCAUUUGCACUCAUGCUUGUGGAUGAAAGACAGAUGCACAUUGAACAACUGGAUCAGCAAACCCAGAAAAUACAAGAUCUAACUCAAAAACUAAGGGAAGAAGAAGAGAAACUUAAGAUUCUGGGUACCAAAGGAAAAGAGGAUGGGCAGAAGCUAAUGAAGCUAGAGGCAGAACUUGAACACAAGACAUCCUCCUUUUCCCAAGAGCAUGAGGAGAUGACUGCCAAACUGGCUAGCCAAGAGUCGCACAAUAAACAGCUCAGGCUGAAACUGGCUGGUUUAACCCGGAGAAUUGAGGAGCUGGAAGAAACCAACAAAAACCUUCAGAAGACUGAAGAAGAGCUUCGGGAACUGAGAGACAAAAUAGCCAAAGGGGAAUGCGGCAACUCCAGCUUGAUGGCUGAGGUGGAAAACCUCCGCAAGCGGGUGCUUGAGAUGGAAGGCAAAGACGAGGAGAUCACAAAGACUGAAUCUCAGUGUAAGGAGCUUAAAAAGAAACUACAAGAAGAGGAGCAUCACAGCAAAGAAUUGAGGCUUGAGGUGGAGAAACUGCAGAAGAGAAUGUCUGAACUGGAAAGGUUGGAGGAGGCUUUCAACAAAAGCAAAUCUGAAUGCACUCACCUGCGUUUGAACCUGGAGAAAGAAAAGAACUUAACCAAAGACUUGAUCAAUGAGUUGGAAGUGGUGAAGACGCGAGUGAAGGAUCUUGAGUCUUCAGAGAGUAAGUUGGAGAAAGCUGAAUUAAACUUGAAAGAUGACCUGACAAAGCUGAAGUCUUUUACUGUCAUGCUGGUUGAUGAGAGAAAGAACAUGGUGGAUAAGAUAAAGCAGGAAGAGAGAAAAGUUGAAAGCUUGAAUAAGAACUUCAAGGUGGAGCAAGGCAAAGUUAUGGAAGUGACUGAGAAACUAAUAGAUGAGAGCAAAAAACUGUUGAAGUUGAAAUCUGAAAUGGAGGAGAAAGUGUCCAGCUUGACAAAGGAAAGGGAUGAGUUAAUUGGCAAGCUGAAGAGCGAGGAAGAAAAGUCCGCUGAGCUGAACUGCAAAGUGGAUCUGCUGAAGAAAAGGGUUGAUGGCAUAGAGGAGGUAGAAAGGGAAAUAGCCAGAGGCCGUGUUAAAAAAGGGACUGGGCUUUCUGGACAAGAGGACAACAAAAUUAAAGAGCUAACAGGUGAAAUUGAAAGACUGAAGAAGCGUCUCAAGCAAUUGGAAGUUGUUGAAGGAGACUUGAUGAAGACGGAGGAUGAAUAUGAUCAGCUGGAGCAAAAAUUUAGGACUGAGCAGGAUAAAGCUAACUGUCUUUCUCAGCAGCUGGAAGAAAUGAAGCUCCAGAUUGCAAAAAACAAAGCAAUAGAGAAGGGAGAGGCAGUGACUCAGGAGGCAGAGCUGAGGCAAAGGUUUCGACUGGAAGAGGCGAAAAGCAGAGACUUAAAAGCAGAAGUGCAGGCUCUCAAAGAGAAAAUUCAUGAGCUGAUGAACAAAGAAGACCAGCUUUCUCAGCUCCAAGUGGAUUACUCAGUCCUUCAGCAAAGGUUUCUGGAAGAAGAAAAUAAGAACAAAGCCAUGGGCCAGGAGGUGCUGAAUCUGACGAAAGAGCUUGAGCUGUCUAAACGCUACAGCCGUGCCCUGAGACCCAGUAUGAAUGGGAGAAGGAUGGUAGAUGUGCCUGUUACAUCCACUGGAGUACAAACUGAUGCAGUAAACAGCGAGACAGCAGAAGAGGAGACACCCGCUGUGUUCAUAAGGAAAUCCUUCCAGGAGGAGAACCACAUUAUGAGCAAUCUUCGACAGGUUGGGCUCAAAAAGCCCAGCGAGAGGUCAUCUGUGCUUGACAGAUAUCCUCCUGCGGCAAAUGACCUUACCAUGAGAAAAUCCUGGAUCCCAUGGAUGAAAAAAAGAGAAAAUGGCUCUCAGGUGACUCCAGAAAAAGGAACCAGAAUACAAACCAGUCCAGAGCGUCCUGGGGAAGUUGUCCUUUCUCCAAAGCAAGGGCAGCCUCUCCACAUUCGGGUAACUCCAGAUCACGAGAACAGCACAGCUACUCUGGAGAUUACUAGUCCAACAGCUGAAGAUUUCUUCUCCAGCACCACCGUUAUCCCAACCUUGGGGAAUCAGAAACCACGGAUUACCAUCAUUCCCUCUCCUAACGUCAUGUCCCAAAAAGGAAAAGGGGGUGAGAGCCCAGCGGGCCCAGAGCGAGCCAUGUCUCCUGUAACUAUAACUACUUUCUCCAGAGAGAAAUCUUCCGAGAGCCCAAAGUCUCCAUUCAUGGAAAGACCUGUAUCACCAAUUCAGAUAAUGACAGUGUCUACCUCGGCAGCACCUGCAGACAUUACCAUGUCUCCAGAAUCGCAGGACAUGACCAUGGGGAGGGCUGUGUUUAGAGUGACGCCAGAAAAACAAACUGUCCCAACUCCCGUCCGAAAGUACAAUGCCAACACGAACAUUAUAACGACCGAGGACAACAAAAUUCACAUCCACUUAGGGUCUCAGUUUAAACGCUCACCUGGCACUUCUCAAGAAGGAGCAAGCCCUGUGAUAACGGUCAGGCCCAUGAAUGUAGCAGCAGAGAAGGAGGUGAUGACUGGGACUGUCCUCCGUUCCCCCAGGAAUAACAUAUCCUCAAGGCCUGGAGCAAGCAAAGUGACAAGUACCAUCACUAUAACUCCAGUUACUACGUCAUCCACACGAGGAACACAAUCCAUGACGGGACAGGAUGGGUUAUCCCAGAGACCUACACCCACCCGAAUCCCUGUAUCUAAAGGUAUGAAAGCCGGGAAGCCAGUAGUGACAGCCCCAGGAUCAGGAAAUCAGACCAAAUUCGAGCCUCGAGCCGAGACUCAGUCUAUGAAAAUAGAACUGAAGAAGUCUUCAGCCAGUAGCUCUGCCUCCCUUGGUGGGGGGAAGGGCUGAGGGCAGUGGCUAAGGGGAGAGCAUCAUCAUCCAUCAGUUACGCAUGAACUCAAGAUGAGAUGCCAUGCAAGCUCCAUCCUAUAUACUUGCACUUCUCCUCCACAUCACUUGGUUGGAUCACUGCUGAAGCGCCACCUCAUUCAAUCUUCCCUGCUACUGAUUGCUUGUGGAAGUACUUUAUUCCUUCCAUCAGAAUCUGGCUUUUUGUGUGUGCAGAUCCAUUAAAAAAUGUUUGACCUUUGGAAAUUAGGUGGAAAGAGAACGUCUUCUGUGCCAAUUUUACUCUUUAAUUUUGCAAAGCCUUUGAAUCAUGUGUGCUUUUUGUUUGGUGUUUCCUACGUAAUUUAUUUUUAUAAUACAAUUUGUAAUGAAAGACAUUUUGUGGUUGUUUUUUGUUUUUUUGCCAAAUCUGACUUUGGUGGUCUGCGGCACAUUUGGUAGUAGAAUACACUGUCAAAGAUUUCAGAGUGCCGGUUUGUAUAUUUUUUAUUGGAGUUUAUAAAGAUGUUGACUUGACCUCAAUAAUGGCACCUUUUAGAAAACUUUGCCACGUUUCCUAGCCAUAAUGUGACUGUGAGAUUAAUUGCCCUAAAGACUGCUCUGUGGGAUAGUAUUAUAGUAAUUUUUUGUUUUUGUUUUUGCACUGUGCUGUGGUUUUAAUACAAAACUGAACACCAACAAACCAAAGCCUUGAAACAGUAUUAGACUGAAGAAUUGUUUUAAAAUGUUGUACGCUGAUUUCUAUUAUGCCAUGCUCAUAUACUGUGUGUUUUUACAUAUGUCUGUACCAAAAAGGUUCGUUUUUAAUUACACUGUAACAAAUAAAUUUUCACAAGUGUGCAACAGUAAUAUGGUGUUCCAAUUCUAACCCUAGUGUUAGAAAAGGGUGCUAAUACUGAAACUUACUGAUCAUUCACAUUGGUUUUUAUGCUUGUUUCCUUGUGAACCAAACACUGAUCCGGUUAAUCCUGUGCACCCAAAGCCUUUUAAUUUCACUGCGCUCAAGCACACCUAACUCUGCAUUGUAUCAGGCUGCAGAUCAUUUACCAACUGCUUCACCAGUUGAAUCACAAGUUUGCAGCACACAAGUUGGGAGCAUAAAACCUAGCCUUGUUUGACUGUGCUCCUCUAUACCUCAAUACUAUAUUCUAGAUGGAACACAAAAUUAGUACAAUUUUUCUGAGUCAACAACACUGGUGAAACAUUGUGGGAAUUGCAUGGAGAUCCUGUGAUAUCUGCAUCAUUUUUUUUAAUGAUCCAUUUUUAAACAUGCCUUUCCACCGAGAUAUAAACCCUACAUUAUUAAACUACUUCUAAAAAUAGUUCUGGUUUCAAAUUGUUCCCAUAUUUGCAGACUUUCUAUGAUGCUGUAUAAUGAAUGUGAAAUUGUAUAUAGCUGCAAUAAGGAGUGUGUUGAUAGAAAGAAUAUUUGAACAGAUGGGUAUCAAUACUAAUUUGCAACUGUACUGUUCAGAACACCGAAGACAUGUGAUUUAGGGGCUUCUAGACAGAACAGCCUGGGUAGUGUAAGGCACAUUGAAUUGGUGCAUGUGGUACUCACAAACAACUGGGUAUUCCUCCAUUAUGUGCUAAUCAAUGCUACUCCAGAUGCACUAGCAAGGUGAGGGCAGUUGGUAUAAUUCAUAUUUAGCAACUAUCAACCCCUCUUAUGGUACCAGCCAGCAUGGAGAGCUAGACACACUGUUAUCAAGGGAGAGAGGGUGUAAGCAAAAGGGGAGGGAAAGAUUUUGAUAUAAGCAGUAGUGAAUGAGGGUAAAGAAAGGGUUACCUGUUGACAUCAAGAGAUAGAAGCUGUGACGACAUGAGGGGGAAAAGGAAGUAGGAGGAAGUUUGUGGCGAAGAAGGAUUUUUGUUCAUUUAUAAAAUGCAGGGAAAGGGAAAGGAGCUCACCACAAUGAACAAAAAGUUCCAGACAUGGAGAAAUGGUAUGAGGGCAGACACUGAGGUGUACUGUACGUUAGAUCAUACAAAGAGAUGGAAUUGAAUUGCGGUACAAGUACGUUGCCAGGAUAUUUCUGCAAAGUACCCAACAGGUAAUAUUUAAGCAGCAGGAAACCCAGGUUUGCCAGCAAGUGUACAUUUGAAAAGGAGCUGUGUGACAAUAUGAUUCACACUUCACAUUCUUAGGUGUACACCUAAAAAAUUUUUUAGAUAUAUAAUAUGUGAAGUCAGUGGCCCUGUAGUUAACGUCUGUGAAAGUAAACGCCAAUGAAACGAGGAAGACUUAGUUCCCCCUAACGAAAAAGGACAAGCCAGGAGGAGGACAACAGGCAAGUUUGUUGUAGAAUUCAACUUCCUAGUGAGAUAAAUAAUCCAACCUCCCUGCCUUGAAAUUCCUACUUCAGGUUCCAGGUAGACUUCAGAAGUGUUUGGAUUUGUACAUAACGAGUUGUUUGUAAUUUUCUGUUCCUUUGAAAAUCAUAAACAUUAAAAAAAAUCUCUUUGCGUGUA